AUGACGCACUACAUUCAAGACUUUGUUCAUGAGCUUUCGCUACGUGAUCCAGAGGCUUUUUGGUCCAAACAAGCCGAAAAUCUCUACUGGCACAAGAUGCCGUCGCGUGCAUUGUCUCAGAACAUGAAGGAAGUAGCCAAUGACGCUAGCUAUCAACACUGGUCCUGGUUCCAGGACGGCGAGUUCUCCACGACUUACAAUUGCGUUGAUCGACAUGUCAAGGCUGGGCGGGGCAAUGACAUCGCAAUUAUCUGGGAGUCGCCAGUAACGAAAACUACAGAGACCUAUAGCUACCGACAGCUUUUGGAGCAAGUGGAGCUUUUUGCUGGGGUAUUACCUGAGGAAGGGGUGAAGAAGGGAGAUACCGUCGUUAUUUAUAGUAUUUGA